UGCCCGCCCUGCCUGCGCCUGCUGCGCGAGGCGCGCGACUUCCAGGCGGCGCGCUACGACCGCCACGACCGCGGGCCCUGCCCCCGCAUGCGCCCGCGCCCGUCCACCGGCCUGGCCGAGAUUCUCGUGCUCGUGGGCGGCUGCGACCAGGACUGCGACGAGCUGGUCACCGUCGACUGCUACAACCCGCAGACGGGCCAGUGGCGCUACCUGGCCGAGUUCCCCGACCACCUGGGCGGGGGCUACAGCAUCGUGGCGCUGGGCAACGACAUCUACGUGACGGGUGGGUCCGACGGCUCCCGGCUCUACGACUGUGUGUGGAGGUACAACUCAAGCGUGAACGAGUGGACAGAGGUGGCGCCCAUGCUGAAGGCCCGCGAGUACCACAGCUCCUCUGUGCUGGACGGGCUGCUGUACGUGGUGGCCGCCGACAGCACGGAGCGCUACGACCACACCAGCGACUCCUGGGAGGCCCUGCGGCCCAUGACCUACCCCAUGGACAACUGCUCCACCACCGCCUGCCGCGGCCGGCUCUAUGCCAUCGGCUCGCUGGCCGGCAAGGAGACCAUGGUGAUGCAGUGCUACCACCCGGACAGUGACCUGUGGUCGCUGGUGGACUGCGGCCAGCUCCCACCCUGGUCCUUCGCCCCCAAGACUGUGACUCUGAAUGGACUCAUGUACUUCGUCAGGGACGACUCCGCCGAGGUGGACGUGUACGACCCUAUGAGGAACGAAUGGGACAAGAUCCCGUCCAUGAACCAGGUGCACGUGGGUGGCAGCCUGGCCGUCCUUGGAGGGAAGCUCUACGUGUCUGGGGGGUACGACAAUACGUUUGAACUUUCGGACGUGGUGGAGGCUUAUGACCCAGAGACUCGGGCAUGGAGUGUGGUGGGGCGGCUCCCAGAGCCCACCUUCUGGCACGGAAGCGUCAGCAUCUUCCGCCAAUUCAUGCCCCAGACGCCCCUGGGCGGGCGUGGCUUUGAGCUGGACAGUGGCAGCAAUGACGUGGACGCUGGCCACCGCCGGCUGCUGCCAAACCCUGCUGAGCUGCACUAGCCCCGGCCUGGCCCAGGCAGGGCCUCGGUGCAGGUGACCCGGCACCUCUUGGGGGGCAGUUCCCCCUUUGU